AUAGAAUACUAAUCAUAUUAUAUUUUAAGUUUUUUUUUAAUAGAAUAGCAUUUUUAAUAUUCAAUAAUUUUUUUUUGUAGGGCAUAAAUAGAAGAAGUAUAGAGGGUGAUGAUGAUGAGCUACAAUAUUUAUUCCCGAGCCUUUUCUUGUAAAUUUUCAUUAAAGCCCAAAAAAAUGAGAAACAAAACUUGGCCUCGGCCACGGCCAUUGCUAUUCAUUCUUAUUGUAUUGUUCGUGUUACAUAGUAAUCUCCAUACCGUUCAUGGUGACGUCGGCACCUCAGCUCAGUACUCUCCUCCCUAUCUCCCGACGGCGUGUUACGACAGCGACUCGUCGCAAUUUCCGUCGAGUAAUUUGUUUGCGGCGGCCGGAGAUGGGAUCUGGGACAAUGGGGCCUCGUGCGGGAGACAGUACCAAGUUAGGUGCAUCAGCGCAGCCCAACCGGGAACUUGUAUCCCGGAUAAGACUAUCCUUAUCAAGAUUGUGGAUUACGCGGGUUCGCUGGUUUCCAGUCCCUCCGCCACAGGGACAACCAUGGUUUUGUCCCAAACCGGGUUCGGUGCCAUUGCCGAUUCAACGGCUUCGUCUAUCAAUAUUGAAUUUCAGCAGGUAUGAUGGAGGAGAAGAUUCGUGGAAAAUAGAAUUAAAAGCUCGAUAUCAAGUAUUGCUAAGGGGCUCUCAAUACCAUAACAAGAUCACAUAUAAUUAUUCGAGCAAUUUAAUAUUGUUCUCAUGUGGUUGGUGUUGGACAAAUAGCAAAUCUGUCAAAAAUUGUAAUAUCAUAUUGGAAAUAUUAUAUAUAAAAAAAUAUGUCGGUUUUGGUAUCA